AUGAGCUUGCAACCCCUAAGCCAACCAAAACUUUGGCUUGGUUUACAUGUUCAGAAGCACAUAAAUGAGCCUGUGUUUAUAUUUCCCAAAAAUACACACGUUAUACAUUUGUACAUAUCAGAAAAUCUCUUUUGCCUAUUAACUUGCAUCCAAACGACUCAGGAUAUUGAUCCUAGCCGAAGACCAGGUGCUGGACCUGAUGGUUAUGCUUCACUGAAAAACCAUCCUUUCUUUAGCGGGGUUGAUUGGGAUAAUUUAAGGUUACAAACUCCUCCACGGCUUGCUGCAGAGCCAAAAGGGCACUCUACUCGUAGCAGUGGUGAAGAUCAAGAUCCUUCAUGGAAUCCCUCACAUAUUGGGGAUGGUUCAGCUAGAACUAAUGAUGGAAAUGGUGGUACGACAUCCUCUUCUGAAGUUGGUAGCGUUACCAGGCUUGCUUCAAUCGACUCAUUUGAUUCAAAAUGGAAGCAGUUUUUGGAGCCUGGUGAAUCUGUUCUUAUGAUUUCCAAUGUGAAAAAGAUACAGAAGCUUACAAGCAAGAAAGUUCAGCUUAUCCUGACAAAUAAGCCAAAGUUGAUCUACGUAGACCCCUCAAAGUUGGUGGUCAAAGGGAAUAUUAUAUGGUCGGACAAUUCUAACGAUCUUAAUAUUCAAGUCAUAAGCCCUUCACAGUUCAAGGUUUGCACACCAAAGAAAGUUAUGUCUUUCGAGGAUGCUAAACAACGAGCAAUGCAGUGGAAAAAGGCAAUUGAAACUCUCCAGAACCGGUGAUAUCUAUUUAUCUGCAUUUCGACCAUACCUCUUUUAGAAUGAAAUUGUAGAGG